AUGGCGGACGGUCACGUUUUUAGAGCUCUUAGAUGCUGGAUCAUUCUGCUUUAUUUCUACGUUUGUUUCUCUGGUGCACUCCUUCCCAAGGCUAAUCCUGACCUCGAUAUAUCUGGUGAUACUCUUCUCUUCAUUUCUCACGGUCUGACGACAGUGAGAAUUCAACCUUUUAACCAUCGGUCACCGAGCUCGCAACAUGCAAAGAAUCUCCAGUUGCCGAAUUCAAGACUUCUACUCCUUGGAUGCCGUUUUGCGAUUAAUUCCUCUCUUUCCUUACUACUCAUUCGUCUCGCAAAUGAUGUUGAACUUCAACCUGGUCCUGUUGGCUCCUCUAGUUCACAUGACAUCCUGUCUGAUCUUCGGGAUUUGUCAACGAAAAAUGGGCUUACAAUUAUUCAUCAAAAUAUCAGAGGCCUCGUGGCGAACAGGGAUAGUCUAUGCCAAAUGAUCGAUGAUUCCAAGCAUAUAGACAUCAUAUCCCUCAGUGAGACUCAUCUAUCGGACAGUGAAGAGGCUCAAGUUCAACUGGAUGGCUAUACGUUCAUUAAUAGACCAAGGAAAACAGGCAAAGGUGGAGGUGUGGGAGUUUAUAUCUCCUCUUCUGUCCCCUUUCAUAGAAGACUAGACCUGGAACGCGAUGGGAUCGAAUGUAUCUGGAUAGAAAUUUUAUUUCCAAAAUCUAAGGGUAUCCUUAUUGGUUUUAUUUAUCGCCCCCGAGUUCUUCAAAGCAUCUUUGUGCAGAUUUUGAAAAUAAACUGGAGUCGAUGUUUUCUGCUGUAUCAUCUGAAAACAAAGAAUGCAUUUUGA